UUGCCGCAACUGUUGAAAGAGAUGGCAACUCUCAAUCCAAAACCCGAUUCUUUCACUUAUUCAAUCAUGAUCUAUGGCUUUGUUCAGGUUCGUGACUUUAGGAGGGCAUUCUAUUAUCGCAAACAGAUGGUAAAAAGUGGGCAAGUUCCUGAUAUAAAGUCCUAUGAAAAGCUUAGGACAAUAUUGGAUGUAAAAGCUGCAACACAGAACAAGAGGGACAGGAGUGCUAUACUUGGUAUAAUUAAUAGCAAAAUGGGCAUGGUCAAAGGAAAGAGGAAGACGAAGAAAGAUGAAUUCUGGAAGUACAAGAAAAAGCAUCGUAAAACUCCUGAUGUUGCUCAUGGUGGUCAGCAAUGAUGCCUGUUCUGCAUUAUAUGACAG